AUGUCUCUGCAGCUGUACAGUUGGAAUAUAAAUGGCGGGAAUUCCCCGGAAAAAAGACGAAGGAUUUUUCAUAUUUUGAAAAAAGAACAAUUGGAUAUUGUUUGCUUGCAGGAAACGCAUGUGACUAGGCUCCAUAGGAAAGUGUUAAUUAACAAAAGACUAGGCCAAGAAUUUAUUUCAUCAGACAAAGUCAAGAAAAGAGGCGUAGUGAUUUAUGCAAAGGAGAACCUGUCACCGAAAUUUCUGUUUAAAGAUGAGCAAGGAAGAAUUUUGGCAAUUGAGAUACAAACACAAGGAGAAAAGUUUUUGAUUUUAGGAAUAUAUGCACCAAAUGAGGGGAAAUCGGAAUUUUACAAGAAGCUGCAUGAGAUAAUGCUGGACUAUCUGGACUAUACCAACAUCAUAAUGAUGGGCGAUAUGAAUGGGGUGGUUUCUACUCACAUGGAUAAGUCACAAAAUCAAAAUUUAACUAAAGACGGCAGACUACCUAAAACCUUCUUUGAACUAACUGAUAACAUGGACUUGAUUGAUAUUUGGAGGACAAGGAACCCCUUAGGUAAAGAAGGAACAUUUUUUUCUGAGGCCCACCUAUCAUGGACAAGAAUCGACCAAAUAUGGACAACUAGAGGACUGGCACCUAAGAUCAGAAAAGUGGAAAUCUGUCCAAAGACUUGCUCCGACCAUAAUGCUUUGAAAGUGGAAUUGAGACUUACUCCAACCGGUUCUUUCAGAUGGAAAAUGAAUGACACCCUACUAAGAGAUCAGGAGAUUGUGAAGAAGGCCCAAAAAACUUUAAAGGACUAUUUUGAAAUCAAUUUGAACACUUCGGUGGAAAAGAGAACAAUCUGGGACGCAAGUAAAGCUGUAAUGAGGGGGUUUCUGAUACAACAGAACACAAUCAAGAAAAAACUUUGGAAUGGGAAAAAAGAUAGGAUAUUAGAGAAGAUAAGAGAAGGAGAGAAAAAAUUGAGAUUAAAACCAAAAUCAAAAGAGGUUUUAAGAGAAAUCAAAUUCCACCAAGCUCAAUAUGCGAAAUUGAUAAAUCAAGAAGUGGAAUGGAAAAUCAAACAAAUGAAACAAAGAUCAUUUGAAUCGGCAAAUAAAUGUGGAAAACUGCUAGCAUGGCAGUUGAAAAGAGACAAAAAUUGA